GCUUUGCUGAACAUUCCAACAACUUACCAGGACGAUAAAAAGUUGUCUUUCGGGCGAAUUACCAACAAGACAAUCGACCUUGAAUGACAUCGACAAGUCUAGAGUUGUUGUCAUAACCCAAGACAAAAAUAAUCCUCUUAAGAAGACGCAUUUAUAAAGUCAAUGCCCCAGCACAAAAAAUAAUAGUACAGUUUGUGACCAGAGGUGGCAGCACCGAGACGACGAGAGGCAGGAUGUCUGUGUCCUUGGCGCGGGCCAAAGGGGUCACGGUCAUGACGCUGACCUCGGACCCCAAAAGCCGCUGGCCGCCUCUGUGCCAAAUCCUGUGCGGGCUCUGCUACAGCCCCGUGUGCUGCUCCGUGUCCCAGCACCUGAGGACGGUCAUGGGAAGGUCCCAGUCCGCGCUCGGGGCUCUUCAGAUCAUGGUUGGCUUGCUCCACAUCGGCCUGGGCGUCAUCCUCCUAUGCUCGGGACCCGGCUCCUGGUGGCAAAUGGAUGAAACUGCGUUUCCUGAGUGGCUGGGAGGAUUGUUCAUCGUGUUCGGCGUCGUCUGCAUUUUGUCCGAGAGGUACCCGAGUCCGUGUCUGGUCAUCGUCAAUGUGAUGCUGAACCUGUCCGGGAUCGCCUUUGCCAUCGCCGCCAUCGUACUCUACUCCUCCAACAUGGCACACAUAUGGCUGUGGCGCUUUUGCGAGGACGAGUACGAUUACUACUGGAGGACGAGGCCGACCCCCAACCCGACCAUGAGCGUCCGUGAGGACUUCAUGAAGGACCGAUGCAUGACCGGGAAACGCCUCGUCCUCAUGCUCCUGAGAGGCAUCAACGGCGUUCUGAUAGUGCUGUCCGUCCUGGAGCUCUGCUUCGCCAUCAGCGCCUCCGUGUUGGCCAUCAAGGCUCUGAGGCGCCGAGACAAGAAGAGCCUGGACGAUCCUGAGACAUACAAGCCGCUUCUGGAGGAAGACAAGCCCUCAGCCUAAAAAGAGAGAUCCUUCCUCUUGCUGCAGUCGUCUAAAUGCACCUUAACCCAUUUCAUUUACUAGUGAUACCGCGUCUGGAAUUGAUACUAAGUCACUUUCGUAUAGCCACGUUUGUUAGAAGACAUGUCAGUCUUUCAUUUCUAAGGUAAUGUGCCUUUUAUAUACUCUGUUUGGCAUGGUAAUAAAUCACAAUAAAUUCAUUAUAACAAAUUAUACGUAA